AUGUGGGGGUCGGUGAAGUGCACGUUCAGGUUCCCCAGCACAAACAUCAAGAUCGCAUUUACGGCCCUGUCCAGCGGGAAGAAAGUGAAGCGAGAGGCGCCCGAGUCCCCCGUGAAGCCGGUGCAGCCCCAGAUCUCCCCGCUGACCAUCAACAUUCCAGAAAACAUCGCUCACCUAAUGAGCCCUCUGCCAUCGCCUACUGGCACCAUUAGUGCUGCUAAUUCCUGCCCCUCCAGCCCUCGGGGUGCGGGCUCCUCAGGCUACAGGAUGGGUGGUCGCAUGGUGAGCUCUGCAGAACUGCAGCUCAUAAACGACAACUCCCAGCCUGAGAACGAUAAAGAGGCCUCUGGAGGGGACAGUCCCAAGGACGACUCCAAACCUCCAUACUCCUAUGCACAGCUGAUAGUCCAGGCCAUAACGCUGGCUCCGGACAAGCAGCUCACACUAAAUGGAAUUUACAAUCACAUCACAAAGAACUAUCCUUACUACAGGACGGCAGAUAAGGGCUGGCAGAACUCGAUCCGUCACAAUCUGUCUCUGAACCGUUAUUUUAUCAAAGUGGCGCGGUCGCAGGAGGAGCCCGGCAAAGGUUCGUUCUGGAGGAUAGACCCGUCCUCGGAGGCCAAGCUCAUCGAGCAGGCCUUCAGGAAACGAAGGCCGCGGGGUGUCCCCUGCUUCAGGACCCCACACGGACCCCUCUCUUCCAGGAGUGCCCCGGCAUCUCCCAAUCACUCAGGGGUGCUCUCCGCGCACUCCAGCGGUGUCCAGACCCCUGACAGCCUUUCCCGAGAGGGCUCCCCAGUUCCCCUGGAGCUGGAGACUUCCUCUGCUCCCACCCCAGUGUCCACCACAGCAGUCCAGCCCAAACUGGCAGUGAUCAAGGAAGCACGCUUUGCACAAAACACACCAGGCUCGCCUGUUAACAACCAGCCGGUACUCAUAGCAGUCCAGCGUCAGUUACCUCAAACCAUCAAGCCAGUGACUUACACCAUGGCCUCCCCAGUGAGCACCAGCACCUCCCAGCCCACUGUCCAGACUGUCCACGUCCUGCAGCAGAUCCCCGCAGGGUCGCUCAGCCCCGCCACCGUCAUCGCCCAGCCAGCCACCAUCAUCAAGAGCGAGACGCAGGAGAAUGGAGAGCACAUGGAGGUCAAAGUCAAAGUAGAGACGGUUCCUACCAUCACCUCUAUAGGUCCCUCCAGUCGGAUCAUCCAGAGCUCCCAAGCAGCCACCCCCCUGCAGACUGUUACCAUAGUUCAGCAGGCCCCCAUGGGACAACACCAGCUGCCUGUUAAGGCCAUCACACAGAAUGGCACCCAUAGCAUCACCACUGCCAUCCAGGGACCCUCCAGCUCAGCCUCAGCUGUGGCGAGCCCCCUCCACUUGCUGGCGGCCCACGCCUCCGCCUCGGCCUCCCUCCCUACCAAGCGGCAGAACGGGGACCAGCCUACCGAGCAGCCGGAAGCCAAGCGCAACAAGUCGGAAGAAGAGCCUGCCCCGGCCGGCGCACCGGAUUCAGUCUCGUCGGCAGCUAACGACCAAGGCAGCCAACCCAACUAGUUUGUUUCCACACCACGCCACCACCACCACUCGCUCCCCCUCCUAAUCCACAGUUUCUCUCUCUCUCUCGUCCUCGUUGUUAGUUUUGUUUCUCCUCCUCCUACCACAGCCGCCCGAGGUGCCAAACGGAGAAGAUUCUGUUCCUUUUCAUUUUGGAUAAUCUUGUUUUCCACCAUCAAAGAUUAACUAAAAUAAUUGUCUGCCCCUUUAAAGACUGGAAUGUGGGUUGAGAAGAAAAUAUAGGAACGGGACAAAGGUGAACUUGUAGGUGUCCCACCCCCCCCUGAGCCCCUGAAACUGGAGAGUGACUGAAGCGAGACCACAGGAAGCCUUAACAACAAUUAACACUUAAGAGCUGACCUUUGACCUCAAGUGAUCCCACUAGGAGAGGCCCUGACUCGGCUCAGGCUGGAUGCUGCCUUUCUGCCGCAUCUACCUCAGAGCGGAUCGGAGACUCCGGCAGCCAACAAGGAACAUCUCUCCCCACUGACCCGUCGGGAAGCGUGACGUGACCAACCAAGCGGCGAGCGCGAUGAGCGUUCAGUGGUUAGAUUUAAAAAAUGAAUUUAAAUUAGACUUUCAGAAAGGGAUCAACUCGGAGCCAAUAUUCCUGAAACUCUGGCAGCUAGCCUCUCAUGAUACUGACCUUCCUUAAUCGCAGCUGUACGUAGAUAUGCAGUAUUUUGUUGUUCAAAAUGUGGAGCGUAGGGUCUUUGUUUUUGUUUUUUUAAACUGUGUUUUCACUUACCUAGAAGAGAAAUAAUUUAAUUAAAGGAAGCGUACAAAACGGUGAGGUCGGUGACAUUUCGGUAACCAAGAUAGAAAUCUCACUUUCGGCUUUGUUCUUUUUUCUUUUUUUUUUCUGUUCAGUGAAACAGUGUAACUUUUUUUCAUAAACUUUAUUUCCCUCGUUCUGACAUAUCCGUAUGAAAUUGCUUCGUUACGCCUACAUAUUUUAAUACGUGCACAGAUAACCGAUAUAAGCAUAUGAAAUCUCCUUGUGUAGUUCCAGAUGUUGACCUUGCAUGUGUCCGACAACAGACGUUGUUAAAUGUAAAUUGAAGAGGAAAA